CCAAUCAGGUACGGCCUUGGUGCCCCCAGCUCCAAUCAUCGGCCGCAGAAUCUUAACUGUUCAUGGGAUGACCAAUCAGAAUAGGACUUUCCAAUUAUCUCCUUGCGUCUUCGUAGACCAAUCAAAGAGGCGUUUAGAAGGGUGGCCCGAAUUUUGAAUUUGGUUGUUGAGGACGCGGUGGGCUCAGGUUCCAAAGCCGUUAUAAGGCGAGAGAAAGCGCCAAAUUUAAACCGGAGCUUUGCUUUUUUUUUAUUCGCGAUACCUGUCCGCGGUUUUGUGGGUCGCUUGGAUUGAGACGCAGCCACGACUUACUGCCGGCGUGACAAUGGCCGAGUGGGGUUCAGUGGCCGUUAGCGCCGGCAAUGUUCUGGUAGAUUCAUCCGGUUUCGAUUCCAGACUCGCCGAUUCCUCCAAGGAGCACCUCCUGAUCGAGACUGUAUCGGACGCUGUGGAAGGUGCAUCUCUACCAACAGAAGUUGUAUUAGUAGGAAAGACUGGGGACACUGAAGAUGUUUUAAAAGCCUUAGAGACAGUAAAAGAAAUGGAAGUUCCUCUGAAGGUGAAGGAAAGCACGCCAAAUAGCAAGUUUUGUCAACGGUUUAUAAAAUCUAUUGUAAAUAUGAAAAUCAAGCAACCAUUUGUUAAAUUGGAUGGGAUCCAAGAUUUUGAUAAUGAAAAUAUUGAGCUUGCGACUAUAUUUGUGUUAGAAGAAUUUGAAGGCCAAACUUAUGAGACCUUGCACAAGAAGAAUGCUCGAAUCCUGGGGCCUCCUGUUGUAUUGCACUGUGCAAGGAAAGGGGAGCCUUUGCCUUUUUCAUCACGGCCACUGUACUGCACAAGUAUGUUGGAUCUGGUCUUGUGUUUCACUGGAUUCAAGAAGGAGAAGAUGCUUGUUCUUGUUACCCUGGCACAUCAUAUGGGAGCAACCAUUCGGAAAGAAUAUACUGGUAAAAUAACUCAUCUUGUGGCCAAUUCUACUCAGAGUGACAAGUUCCGGGCUGCUGUAAGUAUGGGCACUCCUAUCAUGAGAGCAGAUUGGAUUUAUUCGGCUUGGGAAAGAAGGAAUGAAAUUGAUUUUCAUAUUGCCGAUGAAGUGUUUCGAAAUGAGUUCAAGGUGCCCCCAUUUCAAGACUGUGUGUUAUCUUUUCUGGGAUUCCCAGAUGAAGAACUCCGAACUAUGGAAGAAAUGACUGAAAUGCAAGGAGGAAGAUACUUGCCUCUUGGUGAUGAUGCAUGCACUCACCUUGUGGUGGAGAAUACAAUAAAACAGCUGCCAUUUGAACCCAUCAAAAAACUGUUUGUUGUAAAACAGGAGUGGUUCUGGGGAAGUAUACAGAUGGAUGCCAGAGCUGGUGAAUCAAUGUACUUGUUUGAAGAGUCAGAAAGUCCAACUCUGAAGACAUCUGUAUCUUUGCUUUCACUGAGCACACCAAAUAGCAUGCGCAAGAGGCGCCGCUUGCGGGAUACACUGACACAGUUUACAAGAGAGACUGACAGCUUCUCGCCUUUCCCUCCACGCAAAAGGCCUUCAGCAGAAGCUUCCAUUUCACUGGGAUCUUUGCUGGACAUCUCUAACACGCCGGACUCAUGUGGAGAAUAUGAAAUGAACAGGAUAGCAAAGAGGCAUAGAACAAGUGAUAGACAGCAGGGCACGUUUGUGCAAGGUGGCAAACCAUUCCAUAACUGCCGAGUUCAGAGAUGGUCCAAAAAUGGAAAAAAGUCUGGCAAGCUUAUUAGUCAUAUCAACUCAGAAAUAGGACAACAUGCUAAAUGUCUAGAAUUUCUUCAAAAGAAAGAAGAAUAUGAACAUAAUAUAUUUAGUUCCCCUAUUAACACUUCAAAGGUAAAAUUAACUUUUGAGCCUGAAAAUAUGCUUGAGGUUAGAGACACAACACAAGAAGGAGAAACAUUUCAAAGGAAAGCUUUUGUAGAAUUUCUAGAAGUUACUGAGGGAAACGUCCUGUGCAGCAACACUGUGAUUGAAAUGGAUGCUUCUUCCUGCACUACAGAAAAGCUUGAUGUUGAGGUAGCUGAAGGACUUCACAAAACAAAUGCAGUCGAUAAUUUAGCAAACUUUAGGAAGACUACUGACUUGUCGCAAGUUAUUGAAAUGCAUUUGACAGAAUUUCAACAGAGUACCACUGCCAAAAAUAUGGAUAUUGAAUCAUGUGAUCAGGAAGAGAGGCUUCCAACUCGAGGCAAUUUGGAUAAAGAUGGAGAUUUUGGCAUGUUACAAAAAUGUCACGUUGAUGCAUUUUCCAAUGUGGUUAAAGCACAAUUUCUAGAAUUAGAGGUGGCAAUAGCUGAUAAGCAAAUGCAACAGUAUUUUGAGAAAAAUGAGAAUGAUGAAUUUCAACAAAGCAGCAUGAUUGAAAACCUGCAGGAUGUAGAAAUGUCUUCAGUCUCUGAAUGUUCUGCGGCUCAAAGCUUUACUUUGUGGGAUGUCAGUGCACUUUAUAGCGAAGAAACUCCCAAGUCUAGCAUAAAAUCUUCGAAAUGUUGUGCAGCUAUUCCUGCAAAGCAGUCUGCACGGUGGCAAGUUGCAAUGGAACUGUACCAGACAGAAAGCAACUAUGUUGACAUUUUAACGACCAUUAUUCAGCUAUUUAAGGUUCCUUUGGAAAAAGAGGGCCAACUUGGAGGUCCUAUUCUUGCGCAAGAAGAAAUAAAAACAAUAUUUGGCAGUAUUCCAGAUAUUUUGGAUGUACACACAAAAAUUAAGACUGAUCUUGAGGAACUUAUUUUGAAUUGGUCAGAAAACCACAGUAUAGGUGGCAUUAUUCAAAAAUAUUCAAAGGACUUGGUGAAAACCUAUCCGCCAUUUGUGAACUUCUUUGAAAUGAGCAAAGAUACUAUUGCGAAGUGUGAAAGGCAGAAACCAAGGUUUCAUGCCUUCUUAAAGAUUAAUCAAGCUAAACCUGAAUGUGGUCGCCAGAGCCUGGCUGAACUGCUUAUACGACCUGUACAGAGGUUGCCAAGUGUGGCCUUGCUGUUGAAUGACCUUCGCAAGCAUACAGAUGAUGCUAAUCCUGACAAAAUCAGUUUGGAAAAUGCGAUUGAAUUGCUAAAAGAAGUAAUGACGCAUAUCAAUGAAGAUAAAAGGAAAACUGAAGGUCAACGACAAAUCUUUGAUGUUGUUUAUGAAGUAGAUGGUUGUCCUGCCAACUUGUUGUCAUCUCAUCGCAGUCUUGUACAGCGAGUUGAGACCAUUGUGCUAGAUGAUGACUUGUGUGACCGAGGUGAACAGGUGACUCUGUUCUUAUUCAAUGACUGCCUGGAGAUUGCAAGGAAGCGCCAUAAAGUGAUUAGUUCUUUCAAGAGUCCUCAUGGUCAAACACGCCCUCCUGCCUCCCUGAAACACAUUAUGCUAAUGCCUCUUUCCCAAAUAAAGAGAGUAUUGGAUAUUAAGGAGACUGAUGAUUGCCGCAGUGCUUUUGCCUUGGUGGUACGACCUCCAACAGAACAAUCAAACCUACUGUUUAGUUUCCAAUUAAUAGUGGAAGAACCCAAGAAGAAUCAUUGGUUAAGACUGCUUUGUCGACAUGUGGCAAACACAAUUUGCAAGGCAGAUGCAGAAAAUAUUAUUUUUAACACUGACCCAGAGUGUCUCGAAGUCAACACAAAAGAUGUGGAUAGCACAUUAAGCAGAGCAUCAAGAGCAUUUAAAAAAACCUCAAAGAAGGUUACAAGAGCAUUCUCAUUUACUAAAACACCGAAGAGAGUUUUGCAACGAGCUCUGAUGGUCCACAGUACCCCUGAUACAAAGAGCCCAACAAGUAAUGGAACUUACCUGGGUAGUCGAUUGGCCAGCACAUCUUCGUUAGUGGGUGUACAAUCGCCUUCAUUGGUGAGUCUACCAGCAACAUUUGAGAAAAAAUACCACACUUGCAGUCGAUCAACAACUCAUUUGAUAUAGCAUUUGCAUAUUGGCUAAAUGUGUAAAAUAAUACUUUUGAUCAGUUGCAACCAUUGUAAAAGUUUAAAUGAUAUAAAGUGUAAUUGUAUUUGAAGUAUGCCUCAUUUAAGGGAAGGAUAAUGCUAACUGAACUGUGGAUUUGUUUUCCUUUAACUUUUGUUCCAUCUUUUUUACAAUACUAUUGUCUACCUGGUUGAACACUAAUUGAAGAAAUUUUGAUUGCUGUUUUUCCUGCUUCAAUUUGUACAUUUUUGUACAAGUUUAUUUAUGACAUUGCUUCUGUAGCCUUUUUAUUAAAAUGUGUAUCAUUUUAAUGCAUUGAUUAAAUUGACAUAAUCAACUUUCUAGGGAUUAUUUUAACUUAAUUCUUUGGUCAAAUAAUGGAGCCAGUUUGGUAGAACAACACGAGCCUUGAAAGAAUAACGCUGAACAGGCUAAAAAAAAGUUGAACUUGAUCCUGAAAUAUUCCCAACAUGUGGAUUUGGUUAAAUUGCCUCAAAAGGUCUUUUGCUGCUGGAUAAUUCAUUGAAACCCAUAAUCUCAAGACAGGAAAGACCAGUAUUUUUAUUUAAUGUGCAAAUUACUUAAUACCUAUAAAAUGUUUAAUUGAGAAAAACCUGAAUCCAUCUAUUUCAAAUUUUAUUGGAAGGGAAAUAUAAUAAGGUAGUCUUCUGGCCAACAUUUAUGGGUUGAUGUUGUCUUUCAGGUUUUCCCAAAACUAUCUUUCUUUUUUUUUUAAAAAAAAGGGUUAAAUGGAGGUCUGAUUAUGAUUUCUAACUAUAUAAAAUGUAUUAAAGUAAAUUAUUUAGUCAAGUACAAUGCGAAGAUGAUAACAUAUUUUUCUAGGUGCACCUCAUUAAAAUUAGCAACAUUUUAUAGAACUUCAUCUAGCAUUUGUUAAACAUUGAUUUGUCUUGUAGAAUUAUUUUGUAUAUUUGAUAUUUCUAUACUUUGAAUAUUUUGCUAUCUGAAUAUCUACCUGAAUCACUUUUUUGUAAUACACUUUAACUGACACUUUUCCUUGUGAAGAAAAAUAUUUUUGUCUGUUUUUGCAUUUAAUGUACUGGGUUAUUACUUUGUAUUAUCUAAUCUUCAAAAUAAUCUGAGCUGCUAAUUGAAGGAUGUUCUCAUUUUUGUACAUAAAGUUUACUUGGUGUAGUCCCAUAUAAGCUGAUUCUUGAUGCAAAUAAACCUUUUUAAAGAAA